CAUUUUGCAAAAAUAACAAGAUACCUGAAAAGUAACAAUCCUACGAAGGAUUUGAAUAUGAAAAUAAUGAGAAAACUGUAACAAUUGAAUAGCGUGCAGAUUAAGUAGAAUGAUCACGAAGAUAACUUUCCUUCCGUUUAGUGACCUCUUUUUAUCUAUUUCACUCGACUUAACCCUCACGAAAAGAGCCCACGACUUUAUGACGGCCCUGGGCAUAACUUUUUAACGUUUCCAACGUCGCGCCUGCCCUCUGGUGCCUAAUUUUCAGCGAUGAAUGUUCACUAUUUACAGGUUUGUGAAUAAAUCGUGUAUCGUGCAUAUAAGGACGAAUUCGUAGCUUCACCGCCACCGCUGAAGAUUGCAGGUUGUGAAAAUGUCGCGGUCUCUGAGAAUCGUUUAGGACAGCAACCGGUCAGAUCAAUUGAACAGUGGUGGCCCCAUGGAAGGCACGUUGGAAGAACCCCCUGUUAAGGACUCAUCUCAGGCCAGUCCUGAUAAGGUUCUCAAAGAUGUGAUUCCAAAUGGUGUUAAUGGAAAUUAUAAUGACAGAGAAGAGUAUGAUGAUGCAAAUGUCGAUGCAUCUGAAUUUGGAUCUAAAGAAAUUAACAGUGCUGAAAAUGAGAAGAGGGAGGAAAAUGGGAGGGAAGAUGACGAAGAUGAAAAUAAAAUGGAAGUUGACAUCGAAGAAAGGGAUUUAGAAUCUGAAGACAGUGAACAAAAUGGGGUAGCUCAAAGUAGAAGUAACAGGGGUGAAAUGUCAGAGUCAGAAAAUGACUCAAAAACAUCUAAAUCAUCUGAGGGUGUCAGUGAGAUGGACAAUUUUAGUGAAGUGUCUAAGACUGAAGAUAAGUGUAAAAACACAUCUUGUGAGGCUAUGGAAGUUGAUGAACAGAGUAAUAACUCGGAUGUCGAAUGUCUUGACGAAAGUGUAACAGAAAUACACUCUGAUAAUGAUGAUGUGUUCGCUAUGAAAAAUUCUACUGUUAAGGAUAUUCAAAAUUUAUCGAGCAGUAGUGAAGCGCAGCAUAAUGAAAGUACCGAGAUUGUUGACAGUAACACAGAUACAACUGAUGUGAAAAUUUGUGAGGAAAAUGGAAGUUGUGGUAGUCCUGAAAUUGAAGAAAUAACAGACAGUGCAAAGAAUGGUCAUAAUACCACGACAGAGCGUACUAACAAAGAUCAGAAACAAAGGAAGCAAAGAAAACAAAUAGAUCUUGGUAAUAUUACGCCAAGAAGAAGUUCUCGUAAUAUAAAAAGGACAAGUUACAUAGAAAAAGAAAUAGAAGAGGAGGUAGAGGACGAUGGUUCUGAUAUAGAAGAAAUUAAAAUGGAAGAUCCUUUAGCUGGUAUUGACAGUAAAGAUAAAGAGAAUUCUAAAUUGAAAUCACCAAUUAAAAACAGCAAAACUACUAUUGUGGUUAAUGAUACUAAACGGCUAGUGGAAAUUGCAGCUGGUAGUAAAUCUAUGAAAGGAGGUAAAAAAGAACCUACCUUAGUUAUUAUAGACACAAAUUCUAUUCUUUCCGGGCGUGGUGGUGUUCCUGUGAGUAGCAGUAAACCUCAUCAUACUGCUUCCAGUACUAGUUCAUUUUCAGUAGUUCCAAUGGGUAUGACUACGCAAACAAUGUAUCCUAAUAUGAGAACAACAAUUACCCCUGUGCCCAUGACAUCAAAAUCUGCACAGUUAAGUCCUAAAACCAGUAAUAUGACUACGGUAACACCUACAGUAACACCUCCUAUAUUACCUACAUUGACUGACGAUAUGUUUGUAGUAGAAGCACCAUCUUUUAUAGUACCAUAUGUAUAUGAAAAACCACCUCUUAAACCAUUAAAAGAAUUUGUCACAAAACUAGAAAAAUGCUUAGAAGAAAAGGAGAAGGAAGAGAGGAGUAAUAGAGUCAUGGAAGAGAAUAAAGGGGAUGAUUGUGAAGAAGACUCGUUAGAAUCGAGUCAGAAAAACAAAGACAAAGAUGAAGACAGUGAAAAUGAAGGAAACGACGGAAAUGAAGGAAGUUCUAAAAGCAAAGAUGGAGAGGACAAAGGUGAUAAUUCAUUAGAUUUAACUGAAUCUGGAUUUAGUAAUAUAAGUGAUAAACAAGACAUAAGGCAAGAAGAUAGGAACAAAGUAUUGACUUAUUUUGAUUUACCAUUGGGAAAAUUUUUCAUGCAAAUUGGAGUGAAUCUUGUUCAAGAAUAUGUGCAAACGGAUCUUUUACGGACUCAAAAGCGUAAACAAGGCAAACAAGGUAGCACAUCAGCUGAAACUCAGUUAGCUAUAAAUUCACUUAUAAAGAAUCUAGAAUUUAGUAAAGAAAAUAAUGAACCAUUCCACUUAGAACUGAAAAAAUGUGAAUUCUGUAGUUUUAAAACAGAAUCAACCUUAGUCAUGCAACAUCAUUUAGAAACACCACAUAUGCGCAAUUACGUCUACAAGUGUAACUUCUGUACAGUCGAAGUACGUAGUCCUCAUGAUAUUUUAUUCCACAUGGAAGCAGAACAUAAUACUCGCGGGAGGUUGGAGCGUGGUCCAGCUUUUCAUCAAUGUCCUAAUUGUCCGUUUGAGGAUAAUCAAAAAGGCAAAUUGACUCGACACAUACUUGCUUGUACUAAAAAAUUCAGACCAGAAAAGAACUUGGAACCAGCCACAGAUUGGGAACCUCCAGCAAAGAUUCCGAGAUUAAACAGAACAAGGCCUGUUGGACCGACUAAUCCGAGUGCACUUGCUAUGGCAAUGAGUGCUAAAGGACCACAACCACUUUUACCAAAAUUACUUCCUGCUCCAAUCACUACAGGUCGUGGAAGAGGACGACCACCUAUGCAACCAAGAUAUUCAGAUUUGAAGACGUUACGGCCGGGUGGUACAACAAUGCGACAAGAUAAUGUUGCAGGAAUGAUGUAUCGUCCAACAUCUUCUGGUUUAUUAGUCCCUACUUCAUACCAAUUUGGUAGCAACCAAAUAUUUCAGAAUACAAGUCCUAAGAAUCCCACAGCAAAGUUAUUAAGUCAGCCAAGUAUAUCUAUUACUCCAUUACCGCGUACUACAUCUCAGACCUCUGCUCCCGGUUCAGGAACUUCAUCAAAGUCUGGCGGGAAAACUACAUUUGUUAUAUGUGAGAUCUGCGAUGGUUAUAUUAAGGACUUAGAACAACUACGUAAUCAUAUGCAAUGGAUUCACAAAGUAAAAAUACAUCCAAAGAUGAUUUAUAAUAGACCUCCACUGAAUUGCCAAAAAUGUCAGUUUCGGUUUUUCACAGAUCAGGGUCUGGAAAGACAUUUACUUGGAUCUCAUGGGUUGGUCACAUCGAGUAUGCAAGAAGCUGCAAACAAAGGAAAAGAUGCAGGCCGCUGUCCUGCUUGCGGCAGAGUAUAUCAAUGGAAAUUACUAAAUCAUGUUGCGCGAGAUCACGGAAUGACACUAAAACCGGCGCAUCUAUCUUAUAAAUGUACAGUUUGCACUGCCACAUUUGGAAUGUAUAAGCAAUUUGAAAAUCAUGUUUAUUCGGCACAUAGUGUCGUUGCUAAAAGAGUGAUGGAUAAGAAGAAUGCACCUUCGUCUCCAUCGUCCAGAUCCAAUGAUUCCCUUCUGAAACCAUUGAAGAUUAACGAUGAAAUAACAAUUAUUCCACAACCAGCAAAACCCACAACCAGAUCGGGUGCAUCUCAAGGCAGAGGAAAAUAGCAAUGAUCAGCAGAGUGAUACAUGUGUCUUGUCUUACUGAAUUUCACGUAAUUUUGUGGUACUCCAUAUGGUCGUUGUAUUAUACAAUGACUAACGUGCCGUGUACAUGUGUAUGCAUAUUAUGCUUAAGACGCAAUUACAACACAUAAAUCUUACAACUCUUGGCAAAAAACUAGUUGAUUGCGUAACAAUAUUCCAUCGAUGAUUAUACCGAUAUAUUUAUUUAAGAAUUUUUAUUGUUGUUAUCAGACAUAGAUAAAAUAGACUGUAAAAAUAUUAAAGGGUGGCCUUCAGUCU